AUGAAUUCGUAUCUGCUCAGUAGGGCCCUGGGGUCCAUUAGUCCGUCUACCUUCCAUGUCGCCCAGACUUCCCGGCUGAUCCAGCACCUGGAGCCGGCCCCGGGCAUUCGCUUCUCUUCGCGUAAAGAUACUCCAGCAGGUCGAGCUGAGAAUCGCUCUCCUGCUGCAGAGAUACAUUCUGGCUUAGACGAUGAAGUAUUUGCACAUAAAGCGGGCGUGAAUGUGCUCGCGAUAGACCAAUAUGAGGGCCGAUACAUGGUCUCUGGAGGGGCAGAUCCUUCAGUGCACUUGUGGGAUCUGGAGACACGAGGCUCAGAUCUGAACCAUAUGCACCGGUCGGCUGCAUCUGUCAACAAAGCCUCCCAUGAAGAUGCCCACACUCGUGCCAUCACCUCAAUCUCCAUCUAUCCCUUCGAUCCCACGCCGUCUACAAUCCUGACAACAUCGUACGAUGGCACUCUUAAGCUGUCAGCGCUUGCGCCAAGCGCCAUCACACCGGUGCAUACCUUCAAUCUGGAUUGCACACCGUACACCCACUCCUUGUCAUCCAACCCCGCCUCCCCGCUGCUCAUUGCAGUAGGUACCUCGGAGAAGCCGGUGCGAUUGCUUGACCUACGGUCUGGUCUGUCUACACAUGGCCUGCCUGGGCAUGAUUCUUCCGUCCUAUCCGUAUCAUGGGCUCCCCAUCAGCCACACAUCCUGGCCUCUGCGUCGGCAGACAACAGAGUGAUUCUCUUCGACAUACGUCGUGGGGGUCAUAAUUCAGCCAUUGCUGCGCUAGACAUGGAUGAUGCUGUGGGGCAUGUCCGUCCGGGAGGUACCCGCGCAUCUGACGAGAGUCGCCCGGCAUUCUCUCCUCAUGCUCGAGCCCACAAUGGCGCGGUGACUGGCGUGCGAUGGACCUCCAAUGGUUCACAUUUGGUGACCGCAGGACAGGACGCUCGAAUCCGAGUCUGGAAUGCCGGGACAGGUGCGAACACCCUUGUACAUUUUGGCCCGAGGGUGCGGAACAGCGCGACCGCGCAUCUGGCCGAAAGGGCGCCUCUGGUUGUGCCGAAAGGUAUGGUCAUGCCAGGGCAGGAUACUUUCUUGUGGCCGAACUUCAAUGACAGGGAUGAUCGCGGCGAAAUCUUCAUGUUUGAUCUCCACGAGGGGACAUUCAUUAAACUACUCCGCGUUCCAGGCCUUAUGACGGGCCGCCAGCAGUUCCAAGGACGCUCCAGUGCCCUGAGCGCUGCGCGAAUCAAUUCCCUCGCCUGGCGCGGCAACGGUGCCUCUGGAGAAGGCCUCGAGAUGUUUUCGGCCCACGGCGACGGGACCAUCCGCACCUGGGUUUCACGAGAACCCGAGGGAGAGCCCGACGAAGCCGAAGAGGCUGAACGAGCGGACCGUAAACGGAAACGCGACGUUCUCGAUGAGAUCUACCGAGGAUUUAUAGGCUGA